AUGACCUCAGACAAAGAGCUCAACGGGCUAGAUAACCCCAGCUUCGUGGGUGAAGAUGGGAGCCACUAUUGCUCCUUGCCAGAUCGCACUGCCCUGGGCCCGGAGGAAGGCAGGGGCACAGGCCACAGCAGCAGCAAGCUUGCCUACACCGUCACGGACAUGCCCCCCUUGUACCUGUGCAUCUUCCUGGGCAUUCAGCAUUUCCUGACAGCCAUGGGAGGUCUCGUAGCCAUCCCGCUGAUCCUCUCCAAAGAGCUUUGCCUCCAGCACGACCUCCUCACCCAGAGCCACCUGAUCAGCACCAUCUUCUUUGUCUCAGGGAUUUGCACCCUGCUGCAAGUCCUCUUUGGAGUCAGGUUGCCUAUUAUUCAAGGUGGCACUUUUGCAUUCCUGACCCCAACCCUGGCCAUGCUGUCUCUCCCCAAGUGGAAGUGCCCUGCCUGGACACAGAAUGCUACCCUGGUGAAUGCCUCUUCACCAGAGUUCAUCGAAGUCUGGCAGACACGGAUGCGAGAGGUGCAAGGAGCGAUCAUGGUAGCUUCCUGCUUUCAAAUCCUUGUUGGAUUUUCUGGCCUGAUCGGAUUUCUGAUGAGAUUCAUUGGCCCCCUGACAAUUGCCCCGACCAUCACCUUGGUCGCGCUACCUCUCUUUGACUCAGCUGGGGAUGAUGCUGGGCAGCACUGGGGCAUAGCGUUCGUGACUAUUUCUUUCAUAGUUCUGUUCUCUCAGUACCUGAAAGAUGUCCCUGUGCCACUGCCGUCUUACCAGAGAGGCAAGAAGUGCCACUUCUCCCCGGUCUACCUCUUCCAGAUCUUCCCGGUGCUGCUGGGGCUCUCCCUGAGCUGGCUGCUCUGCUAUGUGCUGACAGUGACCGAUGUCCUCCCUACGGACCCCACCACCUACGGCCACCUGGCCCGGACAGACACCCGUGGGGAUGUUUUGUCCCAGGCUCCCUGGUUUCGUCUGCCUUACCCAGGCCAGUGGGGAGUGCCAACCAUCAGCCUGGCUGGGAUAUUUGGCAUCUUAGCUGGGGUGAUUUCCUCCAUGCUGGAGUCCGUGGGAGAUUAUUACGCCUGUGCCCGCCUGUCUGGGGCACCGCCGCCGCCGAAGCAUGCCAUCAACCGUGGCAUCGGGGUGGAAGGCAUCGGCUGCCUCCUGGCUGGGGCCUGGGGGACGGGGAAUGGCACCACAUCGUACAGCGAGAACGUGGGAGCCCUGGGCAUCACCAAGGUAGGGAGUCGAAUGGUGAUUGUUGCUGGUGCCUGUGCCAUGCUCCUGAGCGGCAUCUUUGGGAAAGUCGGGGCGAUGCUUGCCAGCAUACCCACCCCUGUGAUCGGAGGCAUGUUCCUUGUGAUGUUUGGAGUUAUCACCGCAGUGGGGAUUUCUAAUUUGCAGUACACAGAUAUGAACUCCUCCAGAAACAUCUUUAUCUUUGGAUUUUCUCUGUUUGCUGGCCUCACAGUUCCCAACUGGGCAAGCAAAAAUAGUACACUGGUGGAAACAGGAAUCCUCCAGCUGGACCAGGUGAUCCAGGUGCUUCUCACCACUGGCAUGUUUGUGGGUGGACUCCUGGGUUUUAUCCUUGAUAACACCAUUCCAGGAACGCAGGAGGAGCGGGGGCUCCUGGCGUGGAAGAACAGCCAUAAGGGAGAGGCGGACAAUUUUCAGCUCAUUUCCAAGGUCUAUGAUCUUCCAUUUGGCAUAGGCACCAAACACUGCGCUGUCUCGUGGUUUCGGUAUCUCCCUGCUUGCCCCAAAAGACUACCUGGUGGCAAGAGAAUGGAUGAACUGAAGGCUGCUGGAGAGGAAAGCAGUGUUAAAGCAAGCUCAGAAAGACACUCUGAGAUAGGUGCUGAUACAAGGAUAUAA